AAAAACGUAAAGCACAUCCAUGGCAACCGUCGAAGCGACAAGCACCAACCCUGUGGCAAUGGCAGUAGCGACGAUGUCGGACCCGCGGUACCGCCAUUUUGUCGGCGGCGCCAUCGGAGGCAUGACAGCGGCAAUCAUCACGUCGCCUCUCGAAGUCGUGAAGACGCGACUGCAGACCAAAGCAAGCCGUGACAGCAUGGCGCGGACAGUCGAGCACCAUCGCCUCACGACGUCCAACGUGCUCCGAUCCAUCCUCCAACACGAAAGUAUAUUUGGCCUGUGGCGUGGCAUCUUGCCCAACCUGCUGGGGGUCGUCCCCGCCCGCGCCGCGUACUUUGGCUGCUACGCCAAGCUCAAGUCGACGCUGGGAGACCACGGCUACGCUGGGACGACGGCCAACUUUACGUCCGCAGCCGCCGCCGGUUGCCUCACGGCGUCGUUCCUAAGUCCUAUCUUUGUGAUCAAGACCCGCAUGCAGCUCAUGCCCGUGCACACGAUUUCACUGCCGUCCGUCUCGACGCCAUCCAAGGUGCCAGUCGCCGUCCUUCCGCGCUUCCACUCCAUGCACGAAGUCGCGAUCGACAUGUACCGGCGAGAAGGCAUGCGGUCGUUCUUCAAAGGGCUGUCUGCGUCGUACUGGGGCGUAUCGGAAGGCGCGAUCCAGCUCGCGCUGUACGAAGAGCUCAAGAGUCGCCUCGGAGACGAUCCGUCCAAGCCGCAGCUGUUUGUCCUCGCGGGGGUAUGCAAGCUGGUCGCGGCGGCGGCAACCUACCCCCACGAAGUCGUCCGGACUCGGUUGCGGGACCAGCGCACACCCACGGACGGGUCAUUGCCGCGAUACCGAAGCAUGUUCCAGGCGUUGAAUGUAAUUUACAAGAGCGAAGGGCGGCGCGGUCUGUACGGAGGGAUGCCGGCGCACCUGCUCAAGACCGUCCCGAACGCCGCGAUCAUGUAUGUCGUGCUCGAAAUGGUGGUAGAGCAGCAGCCCAAGUGACGCGAGUGCCGACACGAUGAUAAUUUAACACGACGAUGGACAUUUCAA